AUGUUUGGCAAUUAUCGCUGGCCAGUCGCAAUGUCUCGCGGAAACGACUUGGAUGCGGAUCUGGAGGUGGAUCUCCCAGGCGGGGAUAGCCACUCGGCGGCCACCACAGUGGAAUUGGAGGAGCGUCCUGGGAAGCCGAAGGUGCGAUUCUUUAGCAUUGGUCCAAGUAGCUACCAGGUGCGGUGUCCUUUGUGCCAGCAAGAUUCCAAAACGGAAACGGUGGAGAUGACAGGAGCAUUGGGGCAACUAAGUUGCCUUCUAUCUGCUUUAUCCUGUUGCUUUCCCAUCUUCGCCCUGACUUUUGUUUACUCCUGUUUGCAAAGUCGCCUCAAGUCGAAGCGUGUUUUCUGCAGCCGAUGCGGUGGUCACUUGGGCUUCCACUGGCGUCCCACUUAGACUUAGUUGGCUCUCUAGAACCCGCAAAAGUGAUCUAUAAAUAAACCGACAGCUGUUGUCAAAUUUUUUAAUAA